AUGACUUUAAUCUCAACAAGUUUGGGGUCGGUCGGUAUUUUUGUAAGCCGAGAAGUGACUGGCCCAGGCGGCAACCAUAUGUUUGGCAUCGAGUAUUUGAACUUGCGACGCUCAGAUUGGCCCGAGAAUUGGCCUGAAACGUGCAAAGGAAAAAAGCAGUCUCCAAUCAACAUUGACGACAGUGAGGUCAAAAUAAACAAGAACCUGAGAGACAUAAAGUUUGUGAAUUAUGACAAAGUUUUGAAUAAUCCGGUCUUGGUUAACAAUGGCCAUUCAGUUAAGCUGGACAUUGAAGACGACUCAAACGUACCAAAAAUCCAAGAUGGUGGCUUAAAGGCAGAAUAUAAGUUCCAACAACUCCAUUUUCAUUGGGGCAGUGAAAAUACCACAGGAUCAGAACAUACCUUGAACAACAAAAUAUACCCUAUGGAAAUGCACCUUGUCCACUAUAAUUCAAAAUAUGAAAAAGAUGAAGCUCAUAACUACGAAGAUGGCCUGGCUGUUCUUGCUGUUUUCAUUAAGAUUGACGCCAACGACAACAACGCCUUCUCAGCUUUCUCUCAAAAUUUGAAAUUUGUUUAUGGAAACGACUCGUAUGAUAUCUCGUCAAGUGAUCUUACUCUGCAGGCUUUGCUUCCAAAAGAUUCCUUAUACUACAGAUACCAGGGUUCUUUAACCACACCUCCUUGCAAUGAAACUGUCAUAUGGACAGUGUUUGCGAAUCCAGUGACCAUUGGGAUUGAACAGAUAAAAGAAUUUCGAAAUGAAAGCCUAGAUGACUUAGUUAACAACUUUCGUCCUAUCCAGAAUUUGAAUGAUCGAACAGUUGAAAAGUCAUACAAUUCAGGAAUUCAGCAACUGCCUCAAGUUGUCAUUGUUCUAGCUUCUUUUGUAGUAGUUGGUAGUUGGUAGUGUAUAUUAUAUUCGUUAAUGUAUGCCACAAAAACUAUUGGAAAUACUGGUCAUCUGCCGUUUAGAGACACCGAUUGAAUGUUUAAACUGAAUAAGAUAUGUUAACAAUAAACUGAAACGAUAGUUGCUAUCUUUUAUGGUCA